AUGGAGGAGGCCAAGGCCGACGCUGUCGUCAAAGUCAGCUCUUCCAGUGAAGACAGCACCCUGUUGAUGCGGCCAAAGGAAAGGGAGGCUUCGACCUCCAGUCAACGUGCCAUGACUCAGGUCGGGCUUUUCCCAAAGAGCCGAUUUGGCGUGGGGACCAAGUUCACUUUUCAGACGCCAACUUCGAACACAUGGACAAUCCGACAAAAAGUCUCCCAAAACAACCACCAAGUUGAGGAGCUUGAUCCGGAUGAUGUCGACUUUCACGUCUCAGAAGCUCAGGCAAUAUUCUUCGUCUCAAAUGACUCUGACCCGAACGGGCCAUUGGCAUACAUGCGUGUGUACCUGUGUACCUGCAAGUGCCUUUUCUAUCGACUGAAUUCAAACCUCGUGAGGUCCGAAGCCUCCAAGCCACUCCAUGUCUCCACCAGGAAGUCCACGCCCUCAAAUUCUUCCAUCAAGAACACGCCACUGUGA